GUUGAUGCCAGCGGGACGCUUUUUUCAGAGCUGUAACGCUGGUUCGACAAUUGCCAAAUAUAUCGAAUAAAUUUUUUAAAAAUCAACAAAAAUUGUAAAUGAUCUAAUCUUAUAGAUUACUCGCAAUUACAAAGUUUACCAAAAGUGUAUCAGCAUUAUUUUUUUCGUUCUAAUUCUCUCUUGCUUCAUUUCGCGUUGUACAAAGCGACGAGCCAGCAGUCAAGCGGAAAAGAGUGUCGCGCGUCGAGAUAGUCACAAAUUUAUUCGUAAAUAGCGGAAUAAAAAAUAAAAACAUUUUUUAAAAUGUCGGCUAAACGAAAAAACGUAGGCGUAAAAAAAGGUCGGGGUAAAUCGCGCAAAGUUGAAUACGAUGAAGAAGAUAUUUCGAGCGAACAAGAAUCAGAAGUCGAUGACGCCGAGGUCGACGCUGAUGCUGAUCCCGAGGCCGGUGGAAAAACCGGCGGGGACGCUACAGAAGAGGAUACUGCUGAGGACAUAUCCAAAAUUCCAGAAUUACAUCCACCCGAGGGAGGGUGGGGUAAGCCUGGCACAUUACUGAUGUGUGGCCUGACCAACUGGGAAAUGGCAGGACGUAAAGCUCCUCCGAAGGGCCCCAUUUCCAAUAUCGGUAGAAGUCUCUGGACGCCGCAUACGUUUAAAAAUUUGAACGGUGCCAGGAUUCGCCUGGUCGCAUCUGGUCCAGCUGCUUCUCACAGCAUUAUAGUUACCGAAGACAACAGGUGUUUGGCCUUUGGAAGAAAUGACAAGGGACAAUUGGGAUUGGGUGAUACGAAGCGACGAGACGAUCCUACAGAGAUCGAAGCCUUGAAAGGUCACACGGUCAUAGCAGCUGCGUGUGGUCGUAAUCACACACUGUUUUUAACGAGUCGCGGUAUAGUGUUUGGGGCAGGUGACAACAAGCUUGGUCAGUGCGGGGUAGGAAAAGCAGACGCUUGUAUAUUGGCAGCAACGAAAGUUAAAUACACCGGACCGCCGAUUGUGAAAGUUGGCUGUGGUGCUGAGUUCUCAAUGAUAUUGGACAUAAAAGGUGGUCUUCACAGCUUUGGAAGUCCCGAAUACGGCGCCCUGGGUCAUAAUACAGACGGAAAGUAUUUCGUGACAAAUACCAAGAUGGGAUUCCACUUUGAGAAAGUACCAAAGAGAAUAGUAUUGUACGUAGAGCGCGGUAAAGACGGUCACGUGACGCCGCUCGAUCGCGUCGAAAUAACCGAUUUCAGUUGCGGUCAUCAUCAUACCGUGGCGAUUGACAGUAAAAGUCGUGCUUUCUCAUGGGGCUUCGGUGGUGUCGGUCGCCUCGGACACAACGAGCAACGCGACGAACUUGUGCCACGUCUCAUUAAGUAUCUUGAACCACCGAAUCGCGGUGUCCGCAGCGUUCACUGCGGUAGUACUUACAGUAUCGCCAUAAACGUGCAUGGCUCGGCUCUUAUGUUCGGACAAACUAAACGUACCGGUGAAGCGAAUAUGUAUCCAAAGCCGAUACCUGAUCUAUCCGGUUGGGAAAUAAGAUGCGUCGGUUGCUCACAAACGAGCGUCGUCGUUGCUGCUGACGAGUCUCUCAUCGCUUGGGGCGCCAGUCCAACUUUCGGCGAAUUGGGCUUCGGCGAUAUGCGCAAGUCGUCAACAACUCCGAUGGAAGUGAAGGCUCUCGAGGGUUUGCACGUUCACGCGGUCACCUGUGGUCUGUCUCAUACUCUGAUGAUCGUUCGCGACGAAUCCGAGGAAGAAAAAGCUAAAAUUGAGAAACUCGAGGUCUACUCGGUUUAAAAAUGGAACAAACCAUCCUCUCGCCUCAUCGAAAAUCUUAAUUCAACAUCACUCUCCAUUACACCCUUUAUCUCCGUGAUAGUAUCAAACCAACGGUAAAAAAUGAUCAAAGAGAAAGAAAACAUUAAGUUAUCGUCGUUCAUACUAUCAACGAUAUCAUUGGGGGUCUUCCGAUAGAUCCGGAAAUCAACGCCAAUCGUUUCAAUAGCACAAUUUCAGUAAGAUUGAAAACGAAUUUUAUAUUCUCCACCAUUUCAAAUCGAUUUAGCGCGAGGAACGGAUUUCACACGAAUUGGUAACGAAGCUUUCUGUUCUUUUUCACCUUUCCCAGCUAUUAUCUUGUACUUCCCAUUGUCAUUUUGAGACUAAAAUUUCCUCGACGUACGAGACGUCUUCUUUUCUAAUGCAAAGCACUCAAUUUCGCGUAAUUCAUCGGAUGCGGAUACUUUUUUAUCUUUUUUUUCUCUCAACGUAGAUUAAGUUACUAUUUAUUGUACUGUCAUUUGGCAACCGUGAAAAAACUGGUAAUAUUAAUUCUCUAUUCUCAUAGCUCGGUUUGAAACAACCAGAUGAUAGUUUACGGGAGCGAUAUUUAUAUAUAUAUAUAUAUACACAUACACACUGACAUACAAUAUAUUUUCAUACUUUGCUAUACUAUUAUCCGUACGAACGAGAAAUAGCAUUCUCAUUUCUUCCGUUCCCCAGUACGUUUUUAUCUCUUAAGACAGCUUCUUCCAAUUGUUCGAUACUGUGAAUGCCAACUCAAUAAUUAUUCUCGUUGACGCAAUUGUUAUACCUGCGGUAUGGUCACGCGUUUCAAAAUCGAUUAACACGUUAAGCUCUCUCCGCGCAAUUAUUCAUUAAAGUCUUCUCCUUUCGUCUAUUACAAUAACAUCUUCGUAUGAACACAGGGUACCUGAACAAUUUGCAUUUACAAUAACGUUAUUCUUGCGUCUGCCGGUGAUCGUCGAUUAAGGAUAAAAACGAACCUUUUGAAAAUAACAAAUUAAUUCGACCGACAGCACCGUCCAUUUUUCCCAAGUCUGGUGAUUCGCGCGCAAACUUUUUUAACAAUUUUCAUUCAUUCCGAAACAGUAUGUCGAGAGAAUUUGACGUUUUUAAGGUUGCCAAAAUAAGCUACUUGAUAACAGGGGUAAGGUAUUGUUCAAAACGUUUUUAAGCAACGUGCCCGAUUGAUAUCGCAAUUUUAUAAAAUCGUAUCGGAUUAUUUAGCUACACUUCACAAUCUCAUUCGUUAUUGAUCUCAGCGUAAUUUGUUCAUUGUUGAUGAAUAAUUAUCAAUUGCUUUCCGAGGGAUUUCGUAGUGUUGAACAGUAUGUUUGUCCCCACACUUAAACUCGGAAAAGCUUAAACGAACAUUCGUAUUUUUUAAAAUCUCAAGGCCCUAUACGAGGCCUCAAUGGAAUUGUAUGAUAUAAAAAAAGGAUAGAAAAAAAUCACUGCCGGAAUACGAAAUCAGCAUUUCCCAUCCAUCAAAUAUCCUCGUCAUGUUCUAUGUACUUUGAAACUAAAUCAUUCGUUCCCAUUCGUGUUAUAAAUUAAGACAGCAUUGACCUCGCGUCGGGUGAAUUUUUUCAUAUAAUAUCAUUAACGAUAGUAGAGUCCCUGUGCGAUAAUAAGUUCAAUUUUUAAUGAAAGUUAAACUAUAAUAAUAUUUAAAAAAAAAAACGAUACGAAAAGGCUGAAGAUGGAUUAAAGAAAGGAAUUUUUUAAAGAACACACAAAUAUAUUUCAUCGGUGUUGUAUUUAUUGUCACGAUCGUCGUUCACUCGAACAUCAUUGUACCUGAAUUAUUUCUUCUUCAUUCUAUCGAAAAAAAAAGAAAAAAAAACACCUCACAUUAUAUAUACCGAGUGGAUGAUAAA